GGCGGGCGCACAGCUGAGCCGAGGUUCAGACGCCCGGCCCGCGCCUCGGGCUUCCGCCGGGUCAGCUGACCACCCAGUGCGGAACUAAUAGCCGGCCCGAGCUGCCCGCCGCCGCCGCCGCGCUUCUGCUCCGCGCUCCGCACUCGGUAUAGCGCGCCCGCCCCGUCGCCAUGGCUGGGCUUGUGGUCAGUGGAGCUCAAGUGUCCUACAUAGGCCAGGACUGCAGAGAGAUUCCAGAGCACCUCGGCAGGGACUGCGGACAUUUUGCAAAGAGGCUUGAUCUGAGCUUUAACCUUCUGAGGUCACUGGAAGGACUGAGCGCGUUCGGGAGCCUGGAGGAACUCAUCUUGGACAACAAUCUGCUCGGGGAUGACCUCGUGUUGCCAGGGUUACCCAGGCUCCACACCUUAACCCUCAACAAGAACCAAAUAUCUGACUUGGAGUGCCUGCUUGAUCACCUGGCAGAAGUGACACCAGCUCUGGAGUACCUCAGCCUGCUGGGAAAUGUGGCAUGUCCCAAUGAGCUAGUCAGCCUGGAAAAGGAUGAGGAAGACUACAAGAGAUACAGAUGCUUUGUUCUGCACAAGCUGCCCAAUUUGAAGUUUCUGGAUGCUCGUAAAGUAACCAAACAAGAACGAGAGGAAGCUUUGGUCAGAGGGGCGUUCAUGAAGGUGGUGAAGCCCAAGGCCUCUGGUGACAGCGUUGCCGCCUCUCCGAAGAGCCGCUACACACCCCUGCCUUCUGCUUCCAGGGAACUCACCAGUCACCGAGGUGUCCUGGGGAAGUGUCGCUAUGUUUACUAUGGGAAAAACUCAGAGGGCAACAGGUUUAUCCGCGAUGACCAGCUCUGAAGGCAAGUUCUGUAUGCCUUAGCCAGUGACAUGAGAGUAAAAGAAAAAAGGGAAAGCAAAAAUAAAGAAAAAGCUAAACGAAAAGACAAUGGCCCACAUCGCUUUUCUGUGGGAAAGCUAUGACGUCAGCUUUUGGUACCUUCUGCUGACUUUGCCAGGCCUGUCAAGAUCAUCCUUCUGCCUUAGACUGAGUGGUCACAUAGAGAUUGACAUGAUUGCCCUUAAGCAGGUCUCAUCCACCACAGUGACAGACAGCGGUGGCGAAGCACCAGGGCUGACAGGAUGAACACCAUGAUAGAUUGCCUGGCCCCUCCACUGCUCACAGGGGAGCAGAGGUCACACCUGGGGCCUCCCUAAGUAUGCUCAGUGGCUUUAGUCAAGUGAGAGAGACUGUGUCUUUAGCUCGCCUACUGAGUAGAGAUCCUCCUAAUACCAUCGUGCUGUGGGUUUAUUUUCAGUGAGAGAGUCCCAGUUUAAAGGAAGGCUCUACUCCCUUAUUUCCCUUAAAUCUUAACCUCUUGUAUUCUGCAUGGUCCCCUCCCACCCCACCCCCAUCAGCCUUUAGCAUCUUUAUCACGGGCAAUGCAUUUCAGUUUGCAGUUUCUCAGAGAACAGAAGAGGUAAGUUCUUAGACACGUUGUGCAUUUAUGGUGAGCUUUGUGUUCUUAGCAUUCGUGUAUUGGAGUAAGUUGCCUUCCCUAAAUCCCUGACUACAAAAACAUGGACUUCAUCAUAUUUUGUUCACUUAGAAAUCCAAUUCUUGCCCUGAAUGCUAGUCAGUGUCAGGCAUCUUUCACAACACCGGGUUCUGGUUGUACCAAAGGCUCUUAUUUAUUUAUUUUUAACCACACACCCUCCCAGCUAUGUCUAAGGCCAUAUGUGUGUUUGAAGCUGGCUUGCUCCUUUGGGUGCUAUUUACAGGGAGUGAGGUGAUAAAAGAUGGAGUGAUAGGUCAGGAAGUUAAAAAGGAGAGUGAAGACUGCAGAAAACACUCACCAGACCAGGCAGUUUUUAAUAAAAGGCACAAAACCCUUUGAACUUGGUAUAUUCCUCAGAAUCUCUCAGAAAUGAAAUCCACAGCUUGUGAGAUGGUCUUUGUGCACCUUUGGCUCUAUUCCAGCCCUAAUGUUACAAGGAAAGGAAGCGUGAUCAUACUGGUCGGGUGGCUAUAAUAUAAUUCCAUUUAAUAUACUGGUACACCAGUAGAAGAUGUUUGAAAGGCUUACUGCUCUUGACACAAUAGCGUUUAUUUUUGCUUUUAUUUGGACCAGGUUCACUGUCCUGGGUCUCCCAGUAUUCGGUUAGUUUGAGGACAGCAAAACAUGAAAGAGAAUCCUUCCCAGUUGUAGAUACCAAAUGACUAGAGAGCUGCUAUAGUAAAAGUCUUUAAAGACUCAGAACCCACAAACAUCACUGGAAAAUAAAAUAUUUCUAAAAAAAAAAAAAGAA